AUGCCUCAGCGGGUAUCCCGGCCCGUCCAAGAGCUGGAUUCUUUCCCCUCUUCUUCAGGACAGUCGGUAGUUCUCUGGUGCACGAAAACUUGA